UUGGGGGGUUUCCACUUUACCAUCCUUUUAUUUUUACAAUUUUCUUUUCCCCCGCUCCUGAUUUUCCUUCCCUCCAAACACUAUUGCAAAUGUUGCCAUUUCUCCCUCUUGGAGGCAUUGAUUGGUGACGGGCGAUUGAAUUCUUUUUUUAUUUUCUCUCAAAAGAGAAGUUUAAUGGAAUUAAAGAUAAAAAGGGGUUGAUUUUUCUGUCCCGGAGGCUAGCUUUCCCGGGAAAUUUUGCCUCCUUUUUUUAAAUACUCUCUCUCUCAGCUUCCACGGAACUUUUCUUUUUGAUCCAUCGAUCCAAGAGGAAUUUAUGUAGUCGUGGAUGGAUUUAAAAUGUAACGGAAGGAAAAUUUCAUUGGAGGAUCUAAGAUUCAUGAGAGAGAGAGAGAGAGAACUUUUAAUUUAUUUUCAUUGUUUUGUUUAGAUUUUUUUUAAAAAUUUGUUAGGAAAUAAUAAGAUCGCUUGAACUUGAUAUAUGGAGUCUGAAAUAUUUUCACCUCCAAGAGAUUUGGUAAAAUGUUGUGAUUGCGCGUGUCCCACUUGUUCUUUGAUUGGUAAACCUUCAAGUACUUGGUUUCGAUCUGUGAAGCGAAAAUAUGAUGAAUUUGAGACUGGAGAUCGGUUUUAUGUUCCGGGAUUUGAUCUCUAUUCAAAUCCCAAAGUCCAAAUUGAGAAUGAAUGUGCUGCUUUGCGGGAGACUGUUUGCAGCCAACAAGAAAAAAUACAGGAUUUGCAUGCAGAAUUGGAGAAGGAGAGAAAUGCGUCAUCCUCGGCGGCAACCGAGGCGAUGUCGAUGAUAUUGAAGUUGGAGAAGCAGAAGGCAGAGAUCCAAAUGGAGGCAAGCCAAUUCAAGCGUUUCGCAGAGGAGAAAAUGGCACACGAUCAGGAGGAGAUUCAUGUCUUGGAGGAUCUUUUGUACAAGAAAGACCAGUCUGUUCAAUCUCUUACUUGUGAAGCCUUGGCUUACAAGCAUAGGAUGAUGAGUUACGGGCUUACGGAGGCCGAGGCUGAAGGUGACAAGGAUGGAGAGAUUCGGAAUCUGGGUAUGGCUGAGGACUUUGAUGCGCAAGUUGAUCUUCCCGAAUAUGAUUAUCCACAACUCAAGUGCAAUAUGAAUGAGAAUCCUGGUGAUGAUGCUGAAGAUGUUGAGAAAUAUGCAUUCGGAGAGACCCCCCAUGCUCGAGAUCAGUUGAGGAAUUUGGAACAAAGGAUCUUCCAAGUUGAGAGGAGUUCUGGCGGCAGUCAGCUGGAUGGGGGAUGUUCCGGAACAAAGCAUGUUUUCGAGAAGGUGAUUGUCGGUCACUCUCCUAGGCGAACAAGACAUUCGAGAAGGUUUUCGAUCGAUAGUUACAAUUCCUUCUUGGCUAAAGAGACGGCUUCAGAGUUUACCAUCGAUUCUCCCAGGUUUCACAUUGGUUCUCCCAGGUUUAAUGCUAGCCACAAGAAGAUGGAGUUCAUUUCAAGGAUGGAUGAGAUUUCCAGCUCCAAAAGAAUGGAUAAUGCUUCUGAAGUUGAAGACGAUACAAGUGACAGAGUUUAUACGAUUGAUCCUGUCCAUAAUGGGGCCGUAUAUAAUGAAACUCUUGACUCUAAACCUGGUGUUGGAAUUACCGAUGAGUAUGCAUCCACUCCAAGGGAGCAAAUUAACCUGCCUGAUGCCUGUGAUCCUGAUAUCAAGAAGCUCUACACCAGGCUUCAGGCCCUUGAGGCUGACAGGGAAUCAAUGAGACAAGCAUUGUUAUCAAUGCGAACUGACAAAGCACAGUUAGUUUUAUUGAAAGAAAUAGCUCAACAUUUGUCCAAGGAAAUGCCAUCAAAUAGACAAGAUGUUGUGGCAAAGCCAUCUAUUCUUGGUAGCUUGCCAUUCAUGACAGUCUUCAAGUGGAUUUUAUCCUUGAUUGUCUGGAGGCGGAAAGGUCGCCGAAGCAAGUGCCUGUAUGGAUUAUCACCAAACAAUGUUGGCUUGCUAAUGCUAUUAGACAAGGGCCCUCGACUGAGGCAGUGGCGAUGCAUUUCAAGCACGCAGGUGUGAAAAGCGUCCAGAUGAAGACUAAAAUAGUAACUGUGAAUGCUCAAUGAGUUUUGAUCAAGCUAUCAUGUAUAGGCUUUGCAUCCAUUUUUUUGUAAUGGAUUCCUUUGUGCAGAAGUUGGUAUAUUGUGCAGUGUUAAUUUAAUUAUUUAUAUUCGUUUUUUUUUUCUUUCUUUUUGGGGUGGGAUACAUUUUGGUGGCGUAUCAGCAAAACAGGGAUGCUUGCGAGCAUACUCUCUCAUAAAUUUGUUGGAUUUCAGGUUGAGGUAUGCGUCUAUUGUGGAUAUCCUCGUGUAUAUUUCAGAUUCUUGUAUGCUUCUUAUUUAAGUAAUGAAGUGUUUAUAGUUUUCAAAAUCAA